AUGGCAUUCGAAGAGCACUUCACCCGCGAGGGCCACCAGUGGACGCCUCAAGCCGGCCUCCAGAGCGGCAUCCCGUCCAUCGGCGUCAUCAAGCCAUCCGCCAACCGCCCGUCGAACAAGGUCCACGAGGUCCUGGUCAUCGGCGCCGGCUACACGGGGUUGACGGCCCUGCGCGACCUGACGGUUGCAGGCCACGAUGUCAUGCUGGUCGAAGGCCGCGACCGGAUUGGCGGCCGCACCUGGUCGUCCAACAUCGACGGCUACGCCUACGAGAUGGGCGGCACUUGGGUCCAUUGGAAUCAGCCGUUUGUCUGGCGUGAACUGGCCCGCUAUGGCAUGAGCAAAGACCUCGAGAUCUCCCCCGUGACGGGCCGCGGGCUGGAUCGGGCGACGUUUGUGAGACCCGGCGGCACCAUUCACAUGAGCAGGGAAGAAGAGUUCACCGUCCUCAACACGGCAGUACGCAAGUUUGUCAACGUCGAUGGCAAACACGGCCGCGGGCUCAUCCCCUUCCCGCACAACCCGCACUUUAACGCGGACGUGGUGCACUACGACAGCAUGUCCUUCGCGGACCGGUUCGCGCAGAUCGAGGACGGCAUGACGCCGCUGGAGCUGCAGCUGCUCAAGACGUUCCUGUCCGUCACAUCGGGCGGCACCAUGGAGAACUCGGGCUUCUUCGAGUUCCUGCGCUGGUGGUCGCUCAACAACUACGACCUGCAGGAGCUCGCCGAGCUGUGCCUCACCUUCAAGCUGCGCGACGGCCAGUCCGCCCUGGCGCGCCGCAUCUUCGACGAUGCCGUGGCGACGGGCAACUUGACCUACCGCUUCGACGCCCCCGUGGCUUCGGUGACGGACGCCGGCUCUCACGUCGAGGUCAAGACCCGUGGCGGAGAGACGUUCAAGGCGAAACGAGUCAUCACCACAGUGCCUCUCAACGUCCUCAACAACAUCGUGUGGUCACCGCCACUGCUCCCCGGGAAGAGCGAGGCCUCGGCCAAGGGCCACGUCAACCACUGCACCAAGGUGCACGCCGAAGUGGCCAACCCGGCGCUGCGGUCCUUCACGGGCUACCAGUGGGAGGGCCCUCUCAGCUGGACGUUUGGCGACGGCACGACGCCGGCCGGAAACACGCACCUCGUGGCCUUUGGGCCAUCGUACCCGGGGAUCCAGCUGAAGCCGGCGUCGGACUCAGCACAAGGCGCACUGGCGGCGUACAAGGCGUUCGCGCCGUCCGAGUUCACCGACAUCCGGCGGCUGGUCUUCCACGACUGGAACGAGGACGAGUUCGCCAUGGGCACGUGGGAGUUCCUGGCGCCCAAGAUGUCGACGACGUACCUGGACGUGCUGCGCAAGCGCCAGGGCAACGUGCUCUUCGCGAGUGCCGACUGGGCCAUGGGCUGGCGCGGCUUCAUCGACGGCGGCAUCGAGGAUGGCGCCAAUGCGGCCAUGGAGCUGGCGCUCGAGUUCCGGGCUGCAAAGGACGCCGAGAAGAAGAUUGGCCAGAGGGAUCUGAACGGCGGAAAGCGGAUUUCGCAUAAAUUGUAA